AUGAAGUUCUCUACCUCUGUCCUGGCUAUCGCCACCGCCCUGAUCGGCUCUGCCCAGGCGCACUACCGCUUCACCAGCCUUAUCGCCGAUGGCACCACAACUGCCGAAUACCAAUACGUCCGCCAAAAUACUAACUACAACUCACCCGUCUUCGCAGGCUCCACCGACCUCCGCUGCAACACAGGCGGCGGCAGCGGCGCCUCCACCAGCACUUACACCGUUGCCGCGGGCUCCACCAUCGGCUUCAAGAUGGACCAACCCAUCUACCACGCCGGCCCCGUGCUCGUGUACAUCUCCAAAGCGCCCAGCACCGCCGCUGCCUACGACGGCUCCGGGUCAUGGGCCAAGAUCUACCAGAUUGCGCCUACAAUCAGCGGCGGAAACAUCGACUGGGGCACAGUGUCGGACACGUUCACGUUUAAGCUGCCGAGCUCGCUGGCGGCGGGUGAGUACUUGGUCAGGAUUGAGCAGAUUGCGUUGCACAGCAUGCCCGCGCAGUUCUAUAUCUCGUGUGCGCAGCUCAAGGUGACGGGUGGAGGGUCGGCGGUGCCGAGUGGUAUCUCGUUCCCGAGUGGGUACUCGGCGACGGAUCCGGGGAUUGCGUUGAACAUCUACUACCCACCAAUGACGAGUUAUCCUAUGCCAGGCCCUGCUGUUUGGUCUGGUUAG